UGGUGUUGGUCACUUCCGAGUUGGGGUCCCUGUGUGAUAGCGAGUAAGAACACAUUUGUAUAAGCUAAAGAGUUCAAAUGUAGAUAGAUCACCAUGGGGGGAAAGAACAAACAACGAACAAAAGGAAAUGUCCGGCCGUCCAGCAGCGGCCGAGCUGCUGAGGUUCUGGCCCGGGAAGGGGGUGCCAUUCCGGGCUUUGUGGGCUUCGAUACGACGGUCACCUCUGAGCUGAGUUAUGUCCCAGCUGUCCACGGAGCGGAGGAAAUAGACAACCUGGUGGAUGCCGAUUUCCGCCUAGUGCUGAGGAAACUCUCAAAGAGGGAUGUUGUCACCAGACUGAAAGCAGUGCAGGACUUUGGGGCCAUGUGUCAGGAACGGGAUGCUGAAGAGGUGAAGGGAGUUCUGCCAUACUGGCCCAGAAUUUAUUGCAAGAUAUCAGUGGACCAUGAUCGCCGUAUCAGGGAGGCCACUCAGCAAGCUUUUGAACAGCUGGUGCUAAAAGUGCGUCGCAGCCUGGCUCCCUUUCUGAAGAGUUUGAUGGGCCACUGGAUUCUUUCGCAGUGUGACACUUACACACCCGCGGCCUCUGCUGCCUGCCAGGCUUUUCAGGCUGCGUUCUCACCUGCUAAACAACCUGAAGCUCUCAGCUUCUGCAAGGAUGAGAUCCUUACUGUGCUUCAAGAUGUUCUAUUAAAGGAAACCGCAGACACUCUCAGUGAUUCACAAAGUGUGACAGAAGAGGAAAGAGAAACCAAAUAUGUUCGCAUGCUGACCAGUUCGCUGUUGGGGGUGAAGAGGCUGCUUUCCCUACUGCUUCAGAAUGACAGGGCAACUCUGCAGAAAAGAUUAACUCUACUGGUUAACUCUGGGAAGUUCUGGAAAUACAGCAAGCACAAGACUCCACAGGUCAGAGGAGCCUUUUUUGAGAUGCUGUGUGCUCUGUGUGAAUUCACACCAGAUCUGGUUCAGAGUGAAGCAGCACGACUGUGCCCUGCUGUUCUCCUCAAUAUUGAUGACACAGACCCUGUUGUGCUUCCUCACGUGUGGGAGGCAGUUCUUCAUGUUGUGUCCACUAUUCCUGAUUGUUGGACACAUGUAAAUGCCAAGAAAGGCUUUCUUCCUAAACUAUGGGCUUUAUUGAAAGAAGGAGGUAAAGGCAUGGCUAAAGGGCUCCAUCCGAAUCUCAUGCCUCUUCUCAGUAAACUGCCGCAGCAAAUCACAGAUCCUGACUUGGACUUCUGCGCCACUUUUUACACCGCAUUCCUGCAAGGCCUGUCCAGUGAGCGUGCGGUGACGAGCCCUUCGGAGAGCGCAGUCAUAGUGACGUCUUUUGUUGAGUGCUUGAGGUACAGCAUAAUGCAGAACGCCGGGGACGAGCAGUCUCAGGAGAAAAUAAGGAGCAUGCUCAUUUCCCAGCAGCUCCUACCGUUGAUAGAAAAUGCUAUCAGAAAUUCUUCCCUUCAGAAUGGGCCUCUUUUUCUGCUGAUCACCGAAAUGCUAAUUUCCUGGGAGAAGAGGGCGGGUUUACAUGGUGAAGGCGAGAAAAAUGACAACAAGGAUGUCUUCAAGAGACUUUUAGCUGACUUCUGGGAGGAACUCUGUCUCCUGUGUGUGCAGUUUGUCGAUGACGAGGACGUUGAUCUUCCAGCUUUGGAAGGCGUAGCCACUUUGCUGCAGGUCAUGCGUAAUCCUGAGAGAAUAAGCAAAAAACAAACCCAGAAGAAGAAAUCUGUCAGGAUGUGUCUCACAAAGACAGAAGAGGAUGAGAAAUCAGUAAUUCAGGGAGAGGGAGUCGAAAAGUUUGCACAGACUGUGUCAGAGCCUGUGCAGGAGAAGGUGUUUGGGUCCCUACAGACUCAGCAUUUUGAAGACGGCGUGUGCCAGCUGGCUCAGCUGUGCCUCGUGCAUGUGAAUGAGAAAAACUCAGAGAAACAUCUUGUUUUUCUGUCCCUUCUCCUGCAGUCUUUUCACACACCCAGGAUUUUCAGUACCUUACUUGAAUUUGAUGAAAUUAAACCUGGAGAUGAUAAAUGGACAGGGGAGAAAAAUCCAGCAGUUCAGUUUCUGCUGAGGCGUGUGGUCGUAUGGCUGGCGGAGGUGGGCCGCAGUGAUACCGAGCACCUGGUGGAGAUGGUUUUCAGCUCACUGUCCUGCUGCAGCCAGGAGGAGACCACACACAUUCUUAAUCACACCACCAAGAUGGGUUUGGAGUGGAGAAUUAUCCUGCAAAUUAUUCAGAGAGCAUGUAAAGAUCCCAAGACUCAGGCAAGCUGCAGGAACUGGCUGAAAGGUUCGAUUCUGGGCGAGCAGCUCCUGGGACUGACUGAAGAGCUCUGCAAGAUGGAGCACAACUCGAAUGCUCCCAAAACCCCCAUAAGCAACAACAGCUGGACGCUUAUCAGCCUUGUUCUCUCUCAGAACAACAACAAUGAGUCUUUAAUAGGGGAGGUGUACAUGGAGAAAAUGUUGGAGAAGCUCCACGCUACUCUGUCCGAGACCAAGAGUCUGUCGGACGCGGGCAACAUGGAGCCACUCAUCUCCUUCAUCUGCGACGUGGCUUCCUCUUUCUUCUGCUCUGUCCAGGAUUGUCUGCUGCUCCUCUCUGCUGAGGAGCUCCUCCUGACCGUCUUCCAGUUGACUGCGCAAGAUCAAAGACACACUCACCUGUCUGAAUCACUGUUGGAUAAGCUGAAGAAAGUGUGUGUAGCUGGAGUCAGGUCACUGGUGCAACACUGUGAAUGCGAGGUCCGCCAAGGCGGCUUCCUACACAGUGCAGCCGUCUGGGUCAUGAAGCAGCUUCUGACCGUCAAUCUCGAUAUUAAAAGCUUGCAGGGUUUAGUCGGAGCUGUCCAAAACUUGGUGGAAACAAUUGUCUCUGUUGGCGACCAAGCAUCCUCUGUCCUCAGCCAAUUCUUUGCUCUUCUGACACCGACCCAGGUGGAAUGGACCAGAAUCAGACACGCUCUGUGUCCUCAGUGGGUCAAAUCUCCUUUGCUGUCGAACCGUCACAGAGGAGUUUGUGAAAAGCCCUCUAAGGACAUGUGGAAGUUCAGAGACUCAAACAGGCUGCCUGCUCACCUCUGUGUCUGUGCCGUCUUGGGAAUUGUGGCCCAGACUGCUGCAGUUCUAGCUUUUGGCCAAAAGGAGGCGCCGUGUUCUUCAUUCCUCCCAAAUCUUACAGGCACAGUUUCAGAAGUGCUGUAUGCGCUGCAGUGGUGUAAGGAGCUCGAUUUCCGGCCCCCGGUAGCAUCUGCUUAUCACAACCUUUCUGAAUGGGGACUAUCAGAUGGACUCCAUAGCAAAGUCCCAAUGAAAUCUCUACUAGAGACCCUGUACUCAAGGUCUGUGACAGAUGGAGGUCUGUGGACUCUGACACUAGAAAACUACAUUCACUCCAACGAUUUGGCAGCCACUCGCAGGGGAGCUCUAAAAAGACUUUAUGAUAGUGCAGAUAGUCUUUUCCCAGUGAAUAUGAGCAAACUGAGCACGCUGCAGGUGCUUUGCCCACUUAUGGCUAAAGAAGACAGAGAAACUCUGAUUGCUUUGGCUACUGCUGGAAUAAUCAACUGGCAAGAAGAUGAAAAUGUUUAUGGCAGUCUGGCAGUGCUGCUGUGCUGCCUGUAUGCCAACACGCCGGUAGAAGACGAGGUCAUUCAGGCUGUCCUUGCCACUCUGAUGGAAUGGAGGAACAACAGGGAGGAUUGGUUUCUCUUUAGCUGUGACUUGUCCGAAACGACAUCUGAACAACUGAAUCUCAAUGUGGAGAUGAUUCGAUUCUUGUCUUGGUCGGUGACUCACUGUCCAGCUAUUCUUGGGGGAAACCAGUGGGACUUUCUGCUCUGCUCUAUGUUGGCCUGGUUGGAGACUGCCAGUGAGAACGUGAGCUGUCUGUGGAACCCAUGGGUACAGCUGUUUGUGUGCGAGAACUCUGCGUUGAUCGUGUCGCUAAACCAGUUCUUCGCAUCGCCAUCCUCUGACGUCCUGGAGAAGCUGCCAACCGAGCUGGCUGGCGAAUGGAAAGAUUUCUUCAUAGAGGGAAUCUACAACAUCCUUUUGCCCCUGCCAGUGAGAAUCACUGAGGCUUUUCCUGAACCGGAUGACCCUGUGUUCCCCAUGGCUGUUCUCCAGUCGGUUGGUUUGGCUCUGACUUACGUUCCAGUCCAGCAACUAAACCAAAAUUCCUUGCCGCCACGAUUUAUAGCGGACCAAAAGACCAACCUGCCAGAGCCUCUGCAGACCCUGCUGAACACUCUGUGUCCCCUGCUGCUGUUCAAGGCUAGGCCUUUGCAGAUAGCGGUUCACCAUAUGCUGGAGAAAGUGAUGCCACAGCUGCCUGAAUGUGAUGCCGAAGGCGAUAGCAAUAAGUCUGAUGAUGACAGAGAUGAGCCAUGUCUAUCUCCUCCAGCUGCGCUCAUGGCCAUUCUGUCGACCUGUGAAGAGUUGUGUGACAGCAUUCUGACAGCGCUUCAGGUGGGAGAGUUUGCAGUGGUCCAGCCUCUCAGCGUGGAAUACUCCUGCAUACUGGCUUACCUUCUUGCAUGGAAACUACUCCUUACUUUUUUCAAAUCCUCCCCCUCCCAUCUGCGUGCCCAUUAUGCUCAGUAUCUGAAGAGAAGCUGCUCUCUUAACAAGCUGCUCCUCCAUCUCUUCAAACUGAUGCCUGAGAACCCGAUUUGCCCAGGCCAGGGGACAGAGACAAAGGAGAGUAAAACUUUCUUCACAGAGAGUUUGCUUCUCACAGUUGACAAGAAUGUUGGUGUUGAAUGGGAGCUCCCCCACCUGGCUUGCAGUGUGUACUACAGCACAGUACAGGACCUGCCUGCCAUGGUGCGUCUGUGGUGGAACAGCCAGGAGAAGAGAGUGAGCUCUGCAGUGGAGAAGUUCACCAGUAAAUACGUCAGUCCUGUUCUGUCGGCCCAGGAGAUCUCCUCGGUCCACGACAGCACUCAGAUGUUUGACAGCAUGACUGUUAAAGCCCGCUCAGCAGCGCGAGAGGUGAUUGCCAUGUACUCCGUGGACGAUAUCUACAUCGAGUUGGUGAUUCAGCUACCGCAGAACUACCCUCUGGGCUCCAUCACUGUGGAGAGUGGGAGACGUGUGGGCGUCGCCGUGCAGCAGUGGAGGAACUGGAUGCUGCAGCUCAGCACCUACCUCAUACAUCAGAACGGCAGCAUAAUGGAGGGCCUGGCUCUGUGGAAGAACAACGUCGAUAAGCGCUUUGAAGGCAUCGAGGACUGCAUGAUCUGUUUUUCGGUUAUUCACGGCUCCAACUACUCCCUGCCUAAGAAAGCUUGUCGUACCUGCAAGAAGAAGUUCCAUUCUGCUUGUCUGUACAAAUGGUUCACUUCCAGCAACAAGUCCACCUGCCCGCUCUGCAGAGAAACCUUCUUUUAGUCCUCUGUGUCUGCUCUGGAUGAAAGAAGACGACUCUUACUGGAGGGCUGGACGCUUACAAAAUGUUAUCACAAUUUUAUUUCAGAAUGCUGUAUAAUUUGUUGGAUUAUUCAAGUAAUUAAAAACAAUCUGGAGAAAUUAUGCAAAAUCUGGAGCUAUUCAUAUUUUAGCCUCCCAGAUGUCUAUACUCUGACAUGUGGCCCAAACUGUGUGUACAUAGCAGUGCUUUUCCUGUAUUGCUUAUGUGAAAGAUCAGUGCCCUCAUGUGAUUGUUUUUAUAUUUCCUGUUAUGUAGCUGUUUGUUCUUUGAGUCCCCACAUACAGACAGAAAACAUUGUGAUUAAAUUGAUUUGAUUUAUCACAGGAAGUAAAAUGAGUUUUGAAAUAUGAGAAAGAUCUUGAAGUGUGAAAAGCUGCUUGAAGCAAUGGUAGAUCCAAGUCAGUUUUUGGUGAAAAAUUUCCUAAUAUUUAGGAGUGUAACGCGACUAUCUGUUUAGAGACAUUUGAUCUGUCAGAAACAGGAAUUUAAGACAAAAUAUCCAAAUGCACACAAAUAUUGGGGCCUGUGUGUCUUACACUGUGCCUAAAUUCACCUGUAAAUGUUGAAAAGUAAUUUGAAUAAAACAUUCUGAAUUAUA